AAAGCAUCCCAGAAGGUCGAAGACUUGAUGGAAAUGGUGAAGAAGCUGCAGAAAGUGGGAAGCCUAGAGCCCAGAGUUGAGAUCCUGAUUAACCGCAUUAAUGAGGUUCAACAAGCAAAAAAGAAAGCCAGUGAGGAGCUGGGAGAGGCCCGAUGUGUCUGGGAGGCCCUGCAAAAGGAACUGGACUCACUGCAUGGAGAGAAAAUACGUGUGAAGGAGAUCUUGAGCAAAAACCAAGAGACCCUAAGAAUCCUCCGGCUGCACUGCAAGGAGAAGGAAAGUGAGGCACAGAGGAAACACACCAUGUUGCAAGAGUACAAGGAGCGGAUAUUUGUCCUGAACUCCCAGAUUGAGGAAGAGAAGAACAAACAGAGGCAGCUGAGGUUGAAUUUUGAGGAACAGUUGGAAGAUCUGAUGGACCAGCACAAGGACCUGUGGGAAUCCCAUAGGCCAGAGCGACUGGCAAGAGAGAUCUGUGCCCUGGACAGCAGCAAGGAGCAGCUUCUCAAGGAAGAGAAGCUGGUGGAGGUGAAGCUACAGGACGUGAAACAUCGGCUGUGCUCGCUGUGUGGUGCUGAGGGACCCUCCACCAUUGCUGAGGGUCUCUUUCUUCGUAGCCAGGAGGCCGUAGCAGCAGUGCAGCUAUUUCAGGAGGAGAACAGGAAGGCUGAGGAGCUGCUGGAGGGCAGUGCCCAGCAUCACCAGCAACUGCAGCAAAAAUGCCAGCAGCUGCAGCAGAGGCGACAGAGACUGAAAGAGGAAUUGGAAAAACAUGGAGUGCAAGUCCCUGCCCAAACCCAGAGCCUGCAAGAACAGGAGGCUGCUCUGGAAGAGGUGGCCAUUCCGAAACCUGUGGAAGCUCAUGAGGAGAAUGGCAUGGAGCAGAGCCUGGGGCCCUUGUAGACCAGAAGGACACACCUCACCUGAACAGCAGGAAAUAAAGGAGAUAGUUUGCUACA